GUGUUCCGGAGGACUGCAUGGUUUCCAGGAGUGCAGCGCUAGCUAAUCAAGGAAAUACUCCCUAAUAUAGAUUGCCACUGAGACACUCGAAGUGCCCAAUCUUCUCAGUAGUCAGCCUGUCAUUCAGGAUCAGCAAUGAUUGGGAGUACAGCUGCUACCAGGAAUGCUUCACAGCUCUUUUUGGUGCUUUUCUCACUACUAAUGGGGCUGCCUGUUGUGGAGGCAAUGGAUACAGGCGAUGCCUUGGCCCUCUUGCUGGGUGCAGUGCUCAGUUGCAUUGGAUUCUGUGCCUGUUUGGGCCUAUAUGCAAGAAAACGAAAUGGAGAGCUAUGACUUCAAAGAAAAAAUGUCCAAAUCAAGCACAACUGCCUUGUUGGAUGGCACUGUGGUUUCGAUGUGAGUUGUCAAAUCCUUGUUGCUGGGCUCUACUAGGGGUUGUACCUGAUUUUGGAAUGCUGCAGCCUGAUGUUCACAGGAAGAUCACCAUUUCCUAUUUCUUACGAUUAAGAUGUUGCCUUAAGAGGGCAACCAUGGUGAUCUUUUUGGGUGAGGGGAAAACAGGUGAUCUAAGUUAAGGUGGGUGCACAGAAAUCAUUGCAACUAUAUAUACCUUCUUAGGAAUAUACAGAUCCUCCUAAUUAAUUGAUUUAGGGGCUCCAUUACUUAGCUUUCUCUGAUGAAACUUCCCUCUUUGAUUUCCAUCAAAUUAAGCCAAAGUGUUUUGCAAUCAGAUCAAACUGAUGUUUAUCCUCCAAACUCUGUCAUUCAUUUGCCUUGGGACCUUCUUUCUGUAAUUAAUUUUUAAGAGCUUGAAUCAUAAUUCUCUUAAGUACUGGGUAAAUGAUCAGGAACAUGUGGCCCUCCAGCAGUUGUUGGCCUACUGUUCACAUCAGGCCUUGUAAGCAAAGCCAGUGGUGAAGGAUGCUGUAAGUUACAACCCAGCAAUACUUGGUGGCCUCAUGUUCCUUAUCCCUGAUUUAAUGUGUACAAUCCAUUGGGUAAAUGUCUUAUCCAAACUUUGCUGAAAUACAUAGGAAGCACACACAAGUAUGCUUUAUAUACUUCUAGUUUAUUUCACUAGAGCUUACAUGGGUAAUCCUGAUGGAUUUGGCACCAAGACUUCUCAGUUACUACUUGAAAGUGUUUCUGGAGAAGAUUUUUAAAUGAUCAGUUAUUUUCUAUAAUUAUCUCUUGUACUGUCUGCAGUGUUUUUAACAAAAUAGUCCUUGGUGGUAUUUCAGAAGUAUUAAAUGAGAUGAUGGGUCACCAAGAACCCAACCCUGACGGUUGUCCCUUGGUCUUCCAAUGUAACUUAGUCAAUAAACUUUCUAGUUACAGGGUUUAAAUUGUAGCAGCUAAGCUCUCUUGAUAUCCUCUGAGCUUACAUACUUAAUUUUCCAUAGCCUGCAGUCCUAGCUCAUAAAAGAUCUGCCCAAAUUCAUGAAACCCAUGCUAAAAAGGAGGAAAUAACAGCACAAAGGAACAAAAUGGGUGACUUAGAAAUGUAGGAAUAUUGGAAUGCACUCACUUAGUCAGAUUCUAGAGUGCAUUGUUUGUGAAUGCUUUUUUGAGGAACAAGCUAUGCAUUCUAAAGGAAGAUCAUUUAAUUUCUUUAUUUAGUUUAUUUUUAGUGUGCCUUUCAAAGCACACUGCCAUCACAAGGCAUCUUAAAACAUUACAGAAAUAUAAACAUCCGGGUUAUGAUUUAACACACCAAGAGCUUCACUAGCUAAUAAUAUUUAAGUACCAGAGGUAGACUUUGUCUUAAGAGGUUUUUCUAAAUGACGGAAUGAUAAGGCCAUUCAUCUCUCUCUAAAAAGGGGGCUCCAAACUUAUGGGGCCAGCCCUAAGAAUGCCCUGACCUUAUUUUACCUCUUGUCCUUGGUCCUAAGAACAAAUGUUUAUGCUUACGGUAAAAUUGCAUGAAACAGCAUUCUUUUGUAAAGGUAAGCCCUGCCUAGAAGAGCUCCACAGUCAUAUCAACAUAUUGGAGCAGAAUGGCUUAAGGGGAAACAGAGCAACAGACUGAUAAUAGUUAAACUGUGGGAUCUCUCUAAGUGAAUUUCUCUAGAGAAGGGAACAGGGUAUCCCUGAACCUGAGCUCCCUCACCUGUGGCAUAGGAAGUGUUCCUAAUCCUGAAAUCAUAGCUUUAAAAUCAACCCGGUACAUGCAGAAUGAUUUCAAGAACUUUUCUACUGGUGAUUUUUCCAUGCUGUGGCUCAAUACAGCAUCAGUAUUAGACACAGGGGGUUUUUUUCAUUUUUUUUCCAGAAAGAAAUGUUAGUAAAGGUUUUUCACCAUUUCACAUUUUACUGCUACCACUCCAACAUUUAUCACCAUGCGAGUUUAAUUUCAGUUGCUUCUUAAAAUGGUCCCUCAAUACUAGUAUUGCUUCAUAUGAAUGUUUCUUUGUACUUGACUACAUACCCAAUUACAAAGUAUAUGUACAUUGUGUCACAUAAUUGUACACUUAAGUGGGUGGAUAUGGUAGGUUUGGAGAUAUUUUAUUGUGUAACAGGUGAGCCUUUGGUGACUAGUAAAGGCUUAAUCCUCAUCCUUAGAUAUACUGUAAAGGCUGAGCAUCAAAAAAUAAGCAUAUAUUUCACAUCUAGUGUGAUACAUGUGGCAAAGGUCAUUUAAAGAAAUCUGUUUGGCUUUUAAAAAAGGAAUAAUUCCUCAUAUAAUAAUUUACUUUCAGUAUUAUUUGAAGAAAGGAUACUUUGGAAAUUUCUGCAUAAUCUCUAAAGCUAAGAAGGGAGAUGUCUUUGUUCAAAGCAUAGGAUAAAAUAUGAAGCCAAAGAAAUAUACUUAACUUUCCUCUAUAUGUGUUGUGUUCCACUUUGUUUAUUUAUACAUGCAAUGUACUUGAACUCUUGUAAAAUGCUGCCCGUGGUUGGGACAGGUACUUGAACUUAACCCAGUGUUUACCAGACUGUGUAUACCUUGGUUUGGUGAUUUCUGGAGUGGGUGGAAGAGGAAAUAUCUAAUAUGGAUAUUGGUAUUUUCACAGAGCAGCAUACUAUCUUUGGCUCUUGAGAGUAAUGGAACAAAAUCUUAGCAAGAAUGCUAGUCAGCUGAUGAUUUCUCCUGAUUUUCCCCAUCUACUUUCAUUUUUUAAUAAAAAAUAUUUUUAUUCUGUA